AUGAAACAACUACGUCAAAUUAAUGAUUAUGUUGUAUUCCAUACUCAACUCGAAUCUUGCAUUACUUUCAUUCAAUCGAUUCAAAAUGAAAAAAUUUUGUUCAUCUCUUCAAUUUAUGAUGCAUCACAAAUAUUGCCUCAUAUUGCAAUACUACCUCAAAUUGAUAGUAUAUUUGUUUUCAAUUGGGAAAAAUUAGAUCAUGAACAUUUACUUGUUGAACAUUCAAAACUUAUUGGUAUCUAUGAUGAAUUCGAUUUAUUGAGUUUAUCAAUCCAAGAACAAAUCGAUUUUCUCGAUCAACAUUUAGAAACAUUCAGUUUCUUCGAUGAAGAUGAAUACUUAACAAAAGAUCUAUCAAAACAAACUGCUGAUCUUCUUUGGUUUCAAUUUUAUCAUGAUGUUCUCUUUGAAUUAACACAUAAUGAAGAAGCUAAACAAGAAAUGAUUGAUGCAUGUCGUUCUUAUUAUAAAGACAAUAUUAAAGAAUUAGAAAUGAUUAGAAAGUUUGAAAAUGAAUAUCAAUCAAAAGAAGCUCUUCGAUGGUAUUUGAAAAAAUCAUUUCUUUACAAAAUCAUCAAAAAAGCAUUGAAAAUCAAAGAUUUCAAUCAACUCUAUAUAUUUCGAUAUUUUAUGAAAGAUUUGAGAGAAACUUUCAUUCGAGAACAUCAAAAAAUGAUUCAAUCUGGUAAAGAAAUAUUAUUAAUCUAUCGAGGAAUGAAAUUAACAAAUGAUCAAAUGGAGAAAUUCAAAGAGAAUGAAGGUAAACUUGUUUCAAUCAAUGGAUUUUUCAGAACAAAUAUUCAUCGUUCAACUGCAUUUAAUCAAGCAAUGAAACCUUCAAAACAAACUCAUCUCAUUUCUGUUCUCCUAGAAAUUCAAUGCGAUCUAAAGCAGCUCAACAACAAUAUCAUUGCUAUUGAUAGUGUUGAUUUUAGUGAAUUUUCAAGUGAAGAACAACAAGAAAUUUUCUUCGAUUCAAAUGUCACUUUUCGAUUGAAAAGUAUGAGAAUGGAAGAAGAUAUGUGGUUUAUUGAAAUGAUUGCAUCAAAUCAAGGUGAAAUUAUCAAAGAAAAAUAUAUAAAAGACUCACAUCGUCAAAUGGAAGGUUUAAGUAUGAGAAUUCUCUUUGGACGAUUGAUGUGUGAUAUGGGUCAAUGGAAUCAAUCACAACAAUUCUUUGAACAUUUAUUAAACAAUUCGAAUAGUAACAAUGAAGAUAUUGGAAAGAUUGAAUAUAGUCUUGGUGAAGUUCUUCAAUGGAAAGGAGAAUGGAGUGAAGCACGAAGAUAUUAUGAUCUUGCUUAUGAACGGAUGAUGAAUAUAAAACCAAUACGACUCAAGGAUUCAGCUGAUAUACUGUUCAAUAUUGGUGAGAUUCUUUAUCUAGAAGGAAAGUACGAAGCUUGUGAUUAUUAUGAACGAGCAUUUGCAAUACGAACGAAAAAUUCCUCCUCUACCAAAGUCGAUAGGUCCUGUUCAGUGAAUCACCAACACAGCAGCGGACUGAGCCGUGUUCGCGAGUCAUUUUGGUCAGUUUUAUCAAAGUUAGUUGAAUUCUUUCAAUCGUAUACUCGAUGGUUUUUAACUAGAAAAUUCCUCGGAAUUUCUCGUUGGUUUCGUUCGAAUUAUACAACAAAUAGAAUAGAACCUGUUGAUAUACAGUCGAGCAAAAUUCAGUUACAAGAAAUGUGUCGAAACUUACAGAAAAAUGGCUGCCUACAACUGAGCGACAUCCACCUGGAUGACUAUGUACCUAUUGCUACAAAUCUUAAUAGCUUCGGCAAAAUCCUUGUUCGGCAAGCAAAAUAUGAUGAAGCACUUAUCUUUCAUCAACAAGCACUGACAAUGCUCGAAGAAUAUUAUCAAUCUUCUCAUAUUGAUAUCGCUGUUAAUCUUGACUACAUUGCCCAAGUUCUUACAUAUCAAGAAAAUUACGAACAGGCUCUAGAUUUCUGUCGACGAGCAAUAUCAAUCUAUACAAGAUAUUAUCCAAAUGGUCAUGUAUACAUCGCUUCCGCCCUCGAUCACAUCGGUUACAUUUUCUAUCUCGAAGGCAAUUAUGAUGAAGCUCUGAAGAUGUACGAACGAGCAUUAGCAAUGCAACAAAAGUAUUAUCCAUCUGGUCAUCGCGAUAUUGCCUUUAGUCUCAAUGGAAUAGGACAUGUUCACUAUGCUCAAGGAAAAUAUAAUGAAUCUCUAUCAUGCUAUGAACAAGUUCUAGAAAUUCUUCAGAAAUAUUGUGUUUCAAGUCAUGACAACGUUAUUUGUAUUCUAAAUAACAUUGGAUAUAUACCAAAGGAACAAGGAAAGUAUGAUGAAGCUCUUGACUUCAGUCACCAAGCAUUAACAGUCCAACAGAACUAUAAUGCAACUAAUCAUAUUGACAUCGUUGAUAGCCUGAUAAAUAUUGUCAAUGUUCUAAAAGAUCAAGAAAAGUACAAUGAAGCUAUCGAGUUUCAACAACGAGCAUUGAUGAUACAAGAACAAUAUUGUCCUUCUGAUCAUGUAAGCAUUGCUAAUAGUUUGAGCAACAUCGCUACUAUUCUGAGUAAACAAAGAAAAUAUGAUGAAGCUGUUGAAUUCUAUCAAAGAGUGCUGAGAAUCUACGAAAAAUGCUGUCCAUCGAAUCCUGUUGAUAUUGCUAAUGGUCUUAUCAAUAUUGCUGAUGUCCUGAGCAAACAAGAAAAAUACGAAGAAGCUGUCAAUUUUCAUGAGAGAGCAUUAGCAAUUAGAGAAGAAACUUACUCCUCUUAUCAUGAGAAAAUUGCAGAUAGUCUGAAUCGCAUCGGUGACAUUCGCAUUGCUCAAAGAAAAUAUAAUCUAGCUCUCAAUUGUUAUCAACGAGCUCUAACAAUCCUCGAAAACUGUUAUCCAUCUGGUCAUAUUGAUAUUGCUGAGAAUCUGCAAUAUAUGGGUAUUACCCUAAAUCUACAAGGAAAGUAUGAUGAAGCUCUCGAUUUCCAGCAACGAGCAAUGACAAUCUAUCAGCAAUAUCAUCCAUCUAGUCAUUCAACCCUUGCUAGUUGUUUGACCAAUAUUGGUAACAUAUUGAUUGAUCAAAAAAAAUAUGAUGAAGCUCUUGAUUUCUGUCAACGAGCAAUGGCAAUCUAUGAGCAAUGUUAUCCAUCCGAGCAUCCAUGCCUUGCUACUUGUUUGGCUUAUAUUGGUAAUAUAUUGACUAAUCAAAACAAAUAUGAUGAAGCUCUUGAUUUUUAUUAUCGAGCAGUGACAUUUUACAAGAAACAUGCUUCCAAUCAUUGGAAUACCGUUGCUUGUCUGAACAACAUAGCUAAAGUUUUCAAAAGACAAAGAAAAUAUGAUAAGGCUCUCGACUUUCAACAACAAGCAUUGACUGUUCUCAAAAGUAACUUGCCUAGUGAUCAAUUCAGAAUUGCUAGCAAUCUCAAGAGUAUCGGUAGUACUCUUUUUAAGCAAACAAAAUAUCAUGAAUCUCUCGACUUUUAUCAACAAGCAUUAAUCAUAUUCAAAGAAUAUUAUCCCAAUGAUCAUAUUGAAAUUGCUGAUUGCCUAUAUUGGAUUGCUGCUAAUUUCAAUAGAAAUUCCCAGUUCGAUCUAGCUAUUGAAUAUUUGGAAAGAUGUUUAUUAAUUGAAGAAGCCAGUCUUCCUUCAGAAGAUCACUUCGUUGCUACCCUACUUAAUUGUUUGUCAAAAGUACAAAGAACAAAAGGCCAGCAUGAACUCUCUCUUACAUAUGAACAGAAUUCUUUGUUAAUACUUCUCAAAACUCUAUCACCAAAUCAUGAAGACAUUGGUCAUAGUUUAUCGAACAUAGGUGAGAUUUAUGAAGACCUUCAUAAACCUAUGUUGGCACUUGAUUACUAUCAACAAGCAUUAGGUAUCUACAAGAAAUGUCUGUCUCCAUGGCAUGAUGAUCGAUGGAAGAUGGAAUCGAACAUUGAACGACUUUCAGAAGAACUUGGAAUAGAACUCGAUUGGUCAGAUUGA